CGACUAUAAUCGAGUCAUUGUGGAUGUAUGUGUGAACUGCAGUUGGUUCCAUGUUUGACGAACAUGUUUUUGUGUCCGUUGUACAGAGAGUUUGUGACUCCGAGGGUGCUGGCUGGUAACCAAGGAAGGAGAGGGAAGGAGGAGGAGCGGAGUGAUGAAGAGGAAUCUGAGGAACAAGGGGGACCAAAAGAUAAGAAGGAAGACUUUGUCCAGGACCCGGCAGUCCUGAGGGAGAAAGCAGCUGAGAGGGCAGCGUACAAGGCACAGCGACAGGGCAGGAGGGGACAAAACAGAAACCAACAGGAAAUCCUGAAAGGUCAAGCCAAAGGUCAAGGUCAAACAAAAGAGACGGCUCACAGCAGAAGACAGAAGGAGAAGAAUAAGUCCAGCCGGGCCAAUCACAACCGGCGAGCCAUGGCGGACAGAAAGAUGGCCCGGGGGAUGGGCCCACUCACGUAGACUCCUCUGUAGAACAACACAUUGGCCUUUCAAAUGGCAACGUUCUUUACUCACAACCACUUGUUUGACAAGA